AUGGCUCCUUCUUCUUCCUCCUAUUCUCGCAAUUGGGUAUAUGAUGUCUUCCCGAGCUUCAGCGGAAAAGACGUUCGCGUAGCUUUCCUCAGCCACUUUCACAAGGAGCUGGAUCGGAAACUGAUUACUGUUUUCAGAGACGACCAGAUCGAGAGAAGCCGGUCGCUUAGUCCCGAGCUUGUACAAGCGAUCAAAGAUUCAAGGAUCUCUGUGGUUGUCUUCUCCAAAAACUACGCCUCUUCGAGCUGGUGCCUAAACGAGUUGCUUGAGAUCGUGAAAUGCAAGAAAGAGUUGGGCCAAGCUUGUGAUUCCUAUUUUCUACGGUUUGGAUCCUUCCCGCGUGAGGAAGCAGACCGGAAGCUUCGGCAAGAUCUUCAAAAAGACUUGCAAGAACAGAACAGAGGACAAAAAGCAACAAUGGCGCCAAGCGUUGACUGA